GAGCCUCACCCCAGAAGAUUUGGCGGAGCUGGAUUCCGAUUGGAGUUCUUCCAGCGACCAAUUCAAGCACGACAGCUUUGAAUCAGUAGUCGACGCGCAUGAUUAUACUUUCGUCAAUUUCUAUGCGGAUUGGUGUCCACAUUGCAGGAUGUUUGGGCCUCUCUGGGAUCAGUUUGAACAAGAACUGAACUCGGAGAAAGAUCCGGUGGUAGAUGCGGAUGGGGUCCGCGCCAAUGUCCGCGCCUUGAAAAUCAACUGCGUGGAUUUUGAGGAAACGUGCCAGCAACAGAAGGUGCAGGCCUUUCCCACUGUAAGGCUAUAUCGACGCGGGAGCGCUGGCAAAAAUUGGGCUGAUUUCAGAGGUCAACGCAGUGGCGAGGCACUCUUGGCGUUUGCCAAAGAAGAGGUGAAGAAGCGGCACAUUCACACAGGUGCGCACUAUCACGAUGUCUUCGCAGAGAGUUGUCGCAUCUCUGGCUUGGUCGAAGUAGCGCGAGUUCCGGGGACGCUGCACUUUCAGGCAGUGCACAAUGCUGAACGAACCUUGAACUUGGCCUAUACCAAUGUGUCGCACACGGUGCACUCCUUCGUCUUUGGCAGCAACAACGCCGGGCCCCUGCAUGUGAACAUAGCGAAUCUUUGGUCGGCGACCUGGAGUGGAUUCAAACAGAAUCUGAACCCUUUGGCGGGAAAGACCUUCUCAGUGUCGAGGUUCCAUCAGGCACCUCAUCAUUAUCUCAAGGUGGUUCACACCAAGAUGGGCCAGAAUCGGAUGUACCAACAAACCCAUCAAUGGAGCGCACGCAACGUGGCACGCCGCGCCGUGCCGCAGGCGAAGUUCUCCUACGACUUGUCUCCCGUUGAGGUGGUCAUCUCCUAUUCGCGACGGAGGUGGUAUGAUUACGUCACCUCUGUUUUCGCUAUCAUCGGAGGCGCCUUCACCUUCAUGUCCAUGACCUCCUCCCUGUUGAAUCUCGCCAGCUCUCAGUUCAAGGGAAGCUUCCGGGAGGACGUGAGUCGGAGUUCUUUGCUGCACGCGGAGACCAAAGUGACCCCUGAGGCUUCCGCUGGAGGUGAUGUGAUGGAAUGGGCACCCGAAUAG